AUGUUCCCCUUGCUCAUCCAGUUGGGUGGAAUUGUUAUCGCACUUUCCCCUGGUGCUUUAUUUAAUGUGGACGGAAAGAAGAUGCCAAACACAACGGAAGAGGCAACACCACUCAAGCCAGGAGCAGCUUUCCCCUUUGUCAAGGCUCUGAAGACUGUGAAUGAUCAUCUGAUAAAACUCUACCCAGGGAGCCAGGAGGGGUUUAGGGUCAUUUUAGUGGUCAGUGACCCCACCCAAGACAAAGGUCGCCUACAGAGCAGCAUUGAGCACUACAGGCUGACUGUGGAGGUUUUUCAGACGGAACCACAGCACUUCGUAAACGAUCUGAAAGACAGGGGAACGCACCUGUUCCUCUCUGAGGACCCAGUAAUGGUCAGACAGGCCCUUACUGGAGGGGUCCCUGCGGCCACCCUUCAUAAACCAGAGCAGAUGCUGGAGACCAGUGAAACGCAGCUUCGUGUGGCUUUUGAUGCUGACGCUGUGCUGUUCUCUGACGAGUCUGAGAGGGUUUACAAGAAGGAAGGGCUGCAACCAUACCUGAAACAUGAGAGAGAGAAUGUGGACCGCCCACUGAAACAGGGUCCUCUAGAACGCUUUGCUAAAGCUCUGUACAGACUGCAAGGCAUGUUCCACGACAAGGGUUAUCACAGAAACUGCCCAAUCCGCACUUUCCUGGUGACAUCCCGUGGUUCAAGCUAUUGUGGUCUCCGUGCUUUGAAAACCCUGAGGAGCUUUGACCUGGAGAUAGAUGAAGCUUUCUUCCUCUCGGGAUCUAACAAAGGGCCAACCCUGCAGGCGAUCCGCCCUCAUGUCUUCUUCGACGACCAGGACCGUCAUAUCAACAGUGCCAAAGAACAUGGUGUUGUUUCAGCUCAUGUACCUUAUGGAAUAGCAAAACAACAUUCUCACAGAAAGACACAAGGAGGAGAGCAUUGA